UCAAACGAAAUUGGCGCUGGCAGCAGACAAUACCAUACAUUACAUAGCGCCAAGCAAAUUUUUGUAUCAAGGAAAUUACAGAAUAUGAAUACAAGUAGUGCCGUUCAAUAUUCUUCAGAACCAUCGUGGAGCCGACGCUGUUCAGUCGAGAGCAUCCUCAGUAUACAGGGCAAAGAGACAGAUAUAGUAUGCGACACGAGCGACACCGAGCCGUUUAGUGAAGAUGAGGAGUACGAGCCAGUCACGGACGCGGAAGAUGACCAGCCGCCGCCAGUGUCGGGAGACUCGUCCGGACAAAGCGAUAACGAAAUAAUAUCGACGAAGGUAGUCGAGGUGUCGGUGGGGGAUGACGGAGAUCUGCAGUUCGCGGACUCGGAGCAGACAGACUCGGAGGAGAUGGAUAGUGAGGUGGACCUGUGUGACUACUGGAGCUGCGCCCAGUGCCUUGCGAAGAACAACAACCCCCUCUACCGCUACUGCGAGAAAUGCUUCAAGGUACGUAAAAACUUCUUCCCGCCGAGACCGAAGCGCAAACGGAAACGAACUCCUACUUUGGAGACAAAAGUGCCGCGUACUCUCUCCCAGGACUCCGGCGUCGAAAGCCAAGAGUUUAGCCAAAACGACCAACCAGGUUCCUCUUCGCAAAACGUUAAAACUACGGUAUCUGAAAGUAGGUUAACAAAUCGGUUAUUAUCUAGGCAAUAUUUAAAACGCCGGGCGGAAUCUGCCGAUCGGAACAACAAACGGAUAAAAACAGACUAUACUGAAUCCGAAACUUCUGAUUGUGAUAUCGAUAGUAAACCCGUCACCCCUCUAGUUAAAACCGUUAGCGAUCCUUCGCUGAUCAUCGAGGAAACGGUUAAGUUAACGAAAAAGGUUAUUAGCAAUGGUUUAAAAGACAAAAUUGAUAGGGAAAUAGUAGUUAGUGAUAAGUUAGAAAAGGACGACAAUAUGUGUAUAAUUUGCGUGUCGGAGCCGAAGUCUGGGGUGUUCGUGCACGGGCGGAUAGCACAUAUAUGUUGUUGUUACAAGUGCGCAGUCAAAGUGUGGUCGAAGGCCAAGCGGUGUCCCGUGUGCAAUUGCAGGGUUAGUAAUGUUUUAAAGGCGGUAAUUAUGUAAGACUCGCUACUGUUAGCCACAUAUAAAAGUGUUGGAAUUUUGUCUCCGCCAUUGUACAAAGGCAGGUUUUCAAGCCCAGAAUAGUAUUGUUCAUAGCGGUCACGUCUAUAUGUCAAAGUAUUUGUUAAAGGUCCAUUCGAGUUUACAAUGCAGUAGGCAUGAUGGUUAAUAACUGCGUUUCUAACCAAGUGAUUACUUUAAAGCUGCAUCUCGUAGACGAUAGUUACUCAGGAUUAAUUUUGACAUUUUUCCUAUGCUACGACGAGUCGUAAUUAUUUGCCUGGCACAGUCAUGACACAGAAAUAAAAGAUAAUAUAUAUUAUUUUGUAAAAUGGCUAGGUUAGUUUGUUGUCACUUCCCGGCUUGGCUGAAUUUGUUAUGUCAAAAAUGGGGUGAAAUAGCUGAUUUUGGUGGAUUCGAAUCUAGUUUAGCUUACAGACUUUAUUUUCCAAUAAACAAAACUUAAAAUUUUAUAAUAAAACUACAUAAGAAUUGUAUUACUACCAACGACAGACGUGAUGUGUAAAUUGUCAAAAUAUUUUUUUUUUUGGUAAUUUAAUUUGUUUGGAAAGAAAAAUGCCAACACGUUUAGAGACAACAUAACGGCUAUAACUAACGACGUUUUUACUGUGUAUAAAGAAUGAAAUCCUUUUGCAUAAUAUAAUAUUCUUUUACAAAAUUGACUAAUCGCUUCUGCCACUUUUAAGUUAAAAAAGUAAUGUCUGUUCACUAAGUAGAUUAAACCACCGAUUGUGACAAGUUCAAGUUAUUAAUGUUAGUUUUAUCAUUAAGCGGAGUAAUAGGUUAGGUAACUCUGGAGACCAGAAAUAUUUUACGUUUCACAUUUAUCCAAGUUAUAAUAUCUUAUACAUUGAUGAGUAAGUUCGUAGGGCUCCGUAUUGUG